GUACUCCCUUAGGUACCUAAUAUAUUAGGUACUCUCGUAUUAGGUGCUCUAACGAAACGCUUGUUGAGUUGAAAUAAUACUGGAAUUCUUAUCUUAUGUUUUGCAACUAUUCGCAUAGACCAAGAUGAGCUACACAGCUUGGAUAGUCGCCUCUGUUACGGCUCUAAAUAGACUUCAUCUCUCUCUAUAUACGUUACUUUGCCUUUCUAUUCCUCUGCUUUUACUCGCCCUGAACUACCCGAAAUACCUUAACACGGAGGGGUUACUCCUUGUUAACAAGGGUUUCGCCUGGGAGCCCAGGUUGUUCGCACGUCUUCGCUGGGCGCUAUUUUCCCGUGAGAUCCUUCAAGGGGGGUACGACAAGGUAAGCAACGCCUUUGAAGAAUCUACCUAGAUAGUAAGAUUAACGUUAACAUCGUCAGUCAGGGGGAAAGCCCUACCGGCUCGAGCGCGGAGAUGCCAACUAUGUGAUAUUUCCAGCCA